GGGAAGGGGGGCGUGUGAGGGGGUGUGUGAGGGGGGAGAGCCGUUAACGGCCGCUCACCGGGCAACCGCCGUCCCCACAGCCGCCCUCCCGUCCCCACAGCGCUCCGUUCACGCCCUCAUGGAGCUGUCGGCCAUCGGGGAGCAGGUGUUCGCGGUGGAGAGCAUCCGCAAGAAGCGCGUGCGGAAGGGUAAAGUAGAAUACCUGGUGAAGUGGAAAGGAUGGCCCCCGAAAUACAGCACAUGGGAGCCAGAGGAUCAUAUCUUGGACCCUCGCCUGGUAGUGGCUUACGAAGAAAAGGAAGAGAGAGACCGUGCUUCAGGGUACAGAAAAAGAGGCCCCAAACCAAAGCGCCUCCUGCUGCAGCGGCUGUAUGGCAUGGACUUGAGGAGUGCCCACAAGGGAAAGGAGAAGCUCUGUUUCUCUCUUGCACGGAGGUUUGGAGGAGGAGACAGUAGCCUGCCAGGGGCCAAGACAGGGCAGGCAGAGUUCUCAGAGAAGACUGGGGGAACAGUCCUGCCCUUCUCUCUCCGGAAGCAACGCAAAAACCAGAAGUACCUGCGACUGUCAAGGAAGAAGUUCCCCCGCAUGACGAGCCUGGAGAGCCGGAACUGCAGGUGUGAGUUCUUCCUGAACGAUGCGGUGGGCCUGGAGGCCAGGCAAAGCCCCGAGGACUGGGAGGCCGUGCAGAACACCAGCAAAGAAGCAGAUGUGGAUGGCAGUCUCCCGUGGAUCCCCACUGUGCCCCCCAGCGAAGUGACAGUGACAGACAUCACGGCCAACUCCAUCACCGUCACUUUCAGAGAAGCACAAGUGGCCGAGGGCUUCUUCCGAGACCGGAGUGCGCAGUUCUGAAUCUCUGUUUUCACUGCUCCCCAAAUCCAGUGCUUUUAGGGUGGGGCUAGGGAGGGGUUACUUUAUCCCUUAAGGAAAAAAAAUCCAAAAUGUCUCCUUAAAAUGUUUACAGAGACCUUUUCUUUUUCCUCCUUUUUCCCCUUUCAGAUACGCAAAAAAAAAGGGGGGGGGGGGGUUGGUGUUGCAGCAUAGGGGGUGUGUGUUUGUCAUCGCUUUGUCCAUCCGAAAAACUGACAGCCCUUUCCCUGGCAAAGACUCCCCUCCUAGAUGUGAAAGCAGCGAGCUGAACAAUUCCCCUUUUAUCCUGCUAAGUGGCGGCAGCUGCGUUUGUGGGGAGAGGGCAUGUGGAGGUGGAAAGAGAGCUGGAUCUCCAGCCUGCCGCCUUGUUCUGCAAUUGAUAUCCCCUGGAUAAAGAUAUUUCUCUGUGCAGUGCUCUUCCCACCUUCCUCCUCCCUCUCUUCAUCCAGCAGCGAGAGGCGAUGGAUCCUACCUGUGUAGAUAACUCCAGCCUGUUCAGACUUUCUCUCCAGUGCUGUUUUCCCUGUGGCCUGCUGUCAGGACUUCAGAACUGUGUUUGCCUGCCUGUGGUAAGUAAGUCUGUGCAGCACAGGUCCAUCCAGACGGCAGAGGUUUCUCCGUUUGUUUGUUGGUCGUGCAGGAAAGCCUGAAAUGCAUCCCUGAAAUCUAGAUUGGCUCCCUAAAUUCGAUUUGCCCUCAUUAAAGCUCAGAAACCCAGCACAGGCAAGACAUACCGCUCUGUCUACGCUAAACAAGAUUUCCAGGCUUGUCUGUGCUGUGUGAGAAAUGCGUUACGGAAAGUGGGGUGUUCUUAUCCUUUGCCAAAUUCUGUAUUAAUGACAAAUGCUGCCCUGAGUCCGUGGUAGUAGUUGUUUGAAAACUGACUCCUGCUCCCUGAGAGGAGGGGCUACCAGGACAACUGAAGCAUUGCCUGGCACUGCAAAGAUAUUCAAGAUCUUGGCACAGGCCCAGGACACAGGAAUUGGACAGAAUUGAGCUAGAAACGGACCUUGAUUAGCAGCAAAUUCUGUUCUUGGAUGCCAUUGGGAGAUCCAAGGUAAACAACAUGUGGGGAAGGCAUGCAUUGGAGUUGAAGAGGGGGAAAAAAAAUCUUAAUUCUUAGCAAUGAGAAUUCUUGGGUUGUGCUGUCGGAGUAAUAAUCUGCCGUGACUCCAGCCUCCUCACAGUAUCUGUGAUCCUGUACUACUUUACUGAUGGGAACUUCCCCUUGGAAGGCUGAAAACUCUUUGCCAAGGAAAGUGGUCUGCAUUUCAAUAGACCCCGCCUGAUCUUGCACUUCAAAAUGCCUUGUGCUGGACUGCCCGUGACACUUUGAGGUUUUGGAAGAAUUGCUGUCUGUUGAGUUGGUAGUUUGAACGUCUGUUCUCGCACGUGCAUAUUCUCUUCCAUUUCGAAAAAUCAAGCUUUAUUUAACUAACUUAACAGUUUAUAGACCUUUUCCUAUGGAAAGCAAGAAAAGUAACCUAGAGUCUGAGGUGGGAACUGCCAGGGAGAGUGCUGCAGAGUAAUAUCGGCUGUCACGAUUACCGUCCUUCAAUCUUUUUUUUCCCCUUUCCCCACUCCACACAAUGCUGUAUUUAUAGGAAGCUCUGCUAUGAGCUCUGAGGUGAAGACACCUGUGGAACUCCGCAGCGUGCAGUAGUUGCUUUGCAAGGCUUUGGCUGCUAGCCUGCAGAAUUUGGGAGCUCUGGGACUUCUGGUCAUCCAAACACCUGGUUUUUGCAAAGUGCUUGGGCUGCCCCAAAAGCUUGUAUUAAAAGCAGGCUUUAUGGCAGGUAGGAUGUGACAGGGCAGUGUAGAGUUAGGAUUUCCCCUUCCAUCUCAAAGCUGUUCGAACAGGCCUGUCUCUUACUUUGUCACAGCAGUUUCAGGACUGCUGGGAAGAUGCUGAAUUUCCGGACUACUCUCUUGUCUCCCAAAGAAGUGACACGAAAGUUGAAUUACAGAGAAAUCAGAGAGGGCGAGAAGUGGAAGGGGGGCAGAGUUACGUGGUGGGAGGAAGAGCGAGUGGGCAAGAAGCUUAGAAUAGCUAGCAAGGGCAGAACGGAUGAGGUAAGCACGCAGGCCCAGGAUGUUUGUUGAAAGUGGGUGUCUGGAGCAAGGCUUCCGAGUCUGGAGUUGCAUCAUAUAAACAGGAUCGCUCUCCCGCAGCGCGUGGGGUCGCACAGUCUCUCUCUCUGUCACCCCCCUACAUACACACACACGUCUUCCCGACACCUGCCAAACGUGCUGAAUACCUGCAUCUCUUUCUGCUGUGACCUGUGGUCUUUCUCCAUGGCUGAGUCCGCUCACCAGGGCUGCAGCAGGUCAGGCGGUUGCAGAAGCGUAAUGUUUAGCUCAUUUUUGGAAAGUCAUGAACCCCAGCUCAUCCUGUUACAUUUUCCUGGCAUUUGUUGGAUCUGUUUUCUUUCAUGCAGCUACUGCCACCUUUCUCCUGUCUUCAUCGCAGUGUACAAAUGCACCGAAAAGCUUCCUAUUUACCAAGGUAAACAGGUUUUGGCUGUUUUUUGCUGACAUUGGAAGCAGCACCAAUCCUGUGGCAGGAAAGAGCUUGUCCUAGUAAACUGGAUUUCCGUCUACUGUUUUUUUUUUUUUUUUCCACUCACCAGCUGAGACUUCUCAUUGUUUUGUUUUGGCAUUUCUCUUUAAACAUCUUUUCUUCCUCUUGCUGUGGAGUUUUCACAAACCUGUGGUGGUUUUUUUUUUCCCCAAAGAUGAUACACCCACAGCUUCAUCUCUUAAUCAUUUUUUUGGUUCGGGCCAUCUUGUGUUCUUCUGGUGACUAAUCACCUUGCUACAUGAAGCGUCAAGCGAGAUACCUGCCUACCCUGCUGCCUUCUCUACGGGUCACUUAGGAGUUAACUCGUGUCAGGUUAAGAUCCAACAAGCUGCAUGUGCGUGGGUUUGGUGUGUGUGUGUGUGAGGAGGAGUUUGUGGCAGGAAACUAAGCAGUUGCUGUGGGGUGGGUUUUUUUUCUUGGCUUUUUGUUUUUUUUUUUGACAUUCAUGAAUUCUUGCUUAUCUUGAAGACCUUUUGAGAAGGUUUUUCUCUGCUUAAGAUGUGGCUCUCUUCCAUGCUGUCUGGUGACAUGUCAUUGUAGACUUCCUUGGUGGAGCUGGUCUUCAAAAUUAGCUUUAUGCCACUUCUGCAGGUGUAGAAAUGCAUGGGGAUUCUUUACUGUUGGUGGCAGGAGAGGCUCUCUGGGUUUACUUGUCUCUUUUCCCCAGUCCCGUCCAUUUGUGAGUUCAGCCAAAAUUGAAAAUUGAAUUGGGACCUCUCGAGCUAACAUAUCAGGGAAAUCAGAUGCUGUGCUCAGAAUUUCGUUAAGCAUUCCGUUUGAUUAGGAGAGCCAGAAUAGCAUCCAGCUGAAGCAGAGUUUAAUAAUUCUAUUUGAAGCACAAGCUGAGAAUAGAAAUGGGCUAACUCUCCCAUACCUCAUUUGGCUCCAUGGCUAUAAACAAGGAAAACAAACUUCAGCCAGUGAAAAUUACUGAGAUGUGCUCAAGGAACCAAACUUCUCCAAGAUCUGUUCCAUGUAGGAAUUUACCAGCCGUGUUUAGGAGACAAGUUUUUCAUAAAUCUUCUCACAAUAGAGUCAUUGUGUAUGAUAUGACAGGACCGAGGGGCUUCUUGAGACUGGAAAACCUUCAUUGUUAACACUAGUUGAAAAAAAAAUAAUAAUGGGAAAGGACUGCCUGUGUGCCUGGCAGGUUAUAAACUAGAUGUUACUGCUUGGAUAUGUAAGUGAUGCCUUGGAACAGCGAGUUGCAGCACGUAAAUAGUGGCAUUAAGUAGCCUCGUAGCUCCUGCAUGCUCCGUAUUGUCUUGCCUUUGCUUGGGGGCCCUCUUGCUUGUGAAGUCAGACCAAGGUGUUUGUUUUAUUUUCUUCUUUUUCAAGCACAGCCAGGAUACCGUUGUGAGGACACCCAGGUGCCAUUCUGUUUUCCAAAGAAAGCCUAAAUUUGUUAGCGGCUUGACCCUUGCUUGUGUCAGAGGCUCCGAAACAGAAAGAAGCUUGUUGAGAAAUGAAUGGCUUUUUUUAUUUUGGUUGUUGUUAGCGUUGUGAAACUGUCCAGAAUUGUUCUCCUGGUGUUUCUUUUUGACUGAAUGUGUAAAAAUGUUUGUUCACCUCGCAGGGGGCCAGCGGCACCAGUACUGCUUCCUGCUGUACGCCAGCUAGUGUGCUUUGAUGGUUUUACUGGAAUAGAGACGGGAGGCCUUGCACAGGACAAAAAAUAGGCAGGGUAGCUCAUGCAAGACCCUCAGUGGUAGCCACAACAGAGGCUGGGGUGCGGAAGACAGCAGCGAGUGCUGUUAGCCACAUCCAUGUAUUUGAGCAAAGCUCGAUCUGCCAUUGCCUCUCCACCCUUUCCUCUCCUCUCAGGCUUUAAGUUUGUGUUUUCUGAAGUAGGGAAAGCGUUUUUUGGGGGGAAACCUCCUUUUCUACCCCUCUUUUGCUCCUCCCUUGCUUCCCUGCAGCCUGGGAAAAAGAGGGCUGUUGGGCUCCGUAGGAAAACAGUGGGGGCAGCUGCGUGUCUGGGGGAAGGGAAGGAAGGAGGUGCCUCAGAGUUGCUCUUGCUCGGCUGCUGAGGGCAGGCCUCGGGGUGAGCAAUUAGCAGUGUGCUGCACGAGCAGAGAACUUGCAGUGAAACUCAAGGCCCAUCUAGGGCCUCAGAGGCCAAAACCCCCUGAUUAAAAGCAAAUGCUGAGGUGAUAAACCUGAUUUUACUUAUUUAUUUUUGGUAAUUGAUCAUGUUGGUGUUAACUGCCAUGCAUUGAAGCCCAGUUCAGUUACGGGCAGCUAAAUUAAAGCAGCCUGUUCCCUACAGGCUCCACGUGCUGCUCGCUUGGCUGUGGGUUUGCCUCAGUCCCUACAAAGAGGAGGAAAAUCCCACGAUGGGGAUGGGGAAGAGACAACUGGGGAAUAGAAUCAGGCCAUAUUCAGCCGCCUCUUCUGCUCCAGCACCUGUGAUCCCUUGCAUCAGCGGAUGGAUGAUGGUGUUGAGCCACCAGAUUCCACCCAAAUAGCUUCUUAGGAUAGGAACACCUCUGAAACUGCCAGAGGGAAAGAAGCAAUCACUUCAAGUUCAAUUCAGACCCUUCAAAUCCUUUCCUGUAACAAGUACUUCCUGAAGGGAUGACCUUUUCUUUCUCCUCCAGCCCUCUUCCCUUGCACCCUUGCUUUCAGUGCCGUGGCUUAUCGGGGAUGAUCCCCAGGUAGGCGGGGGGAACACAGCUCAGUGGGAGUUGGUGAUGGCUCUUCGGGGAGAGACGGAUCGCUACCGAGACGGCGUGGGUAGGUUCUUCUCUGCUGAGAUUGUUGCUGUCUGCCGUGGGCCACCCUGCAAAGACUGCAGGGGCUCUCGUCUGAAACGUGCUGUGGGUGCUGGCUGAGAGUGCCAGUCAGGUGUUGGAGAGAGCUCACGAGGCUGUUGAGAACCUCCAGCAGCUCAUCUCGCUACUGGGGUAGCCGAGUUUUGACUAGGAGGGGGAUUUGGGAGGAGGAGGAGGAGGAGGAGGAGAGCCUUUUUUUGUAUUAUUACUUUAUUUUUAACCAGAAAAUGUAGUGUCAGCACAAAGGAGCUCUUUGCAAAUCUGUCAAAAUGUUAAGCAGCUUUUUUUUAAUUUUUUUUAUUUUUGCUUUUAAGUCUGAAGUAUGUUUUGAAGCACUUUGGAAAUGCAAAGCACUAGGAGUGCAAAGCACUCCUUAUCGUCUGCCUAAAAGUGGCGUUUGAAAAAGCAAAAGAUGUAUCUGUUUCAGGAUGCUGGCUGUUCCUUAGCGUUUUUUCCAGAGCUGCCACCCAACCCUUCGUUUCUCUCCCAUGGCUGAGGGGGGAGAGUUUGCUCCAGCCAUGCCGAGCGAAGGAGGGCUCCCCGAAGGGGGAGAGGAGACGUGCAGGGUCCCCAACUCACCUUCAGGGUGCCUGUUGGCUUCUUCCCCGCUGCCUCCUUUCCCUGAGGAAUGGGGAGAAAAAAAUGCAGUUCAGUUUCAGCGGGCCUAGUCUGGAACUACGGCCGCUUCUUCCAGCUCUGGGGACAUCCGCGUGAAGUUUUCUGUCUGAAGAAUUGCACCUUAUUAGCCUGGUUGGGGACUGGGGAGGUUCCUGCCCUUGUUGCGGGGAGAGGAAGGUGAGGGUGAGCCAGAAGCUGUCUUCAGAUUAUUCCGGAGGCUCUUUCCUCACCUUAUCUCCAACAAAACGGCGACAAAAUGACUAAAAUGAUUCAAACAAAGCUUUCAUUCUGCAUAUCUCAAGAACCUUUCGAGCAGGCUGAGAGACUGUUCCCUUGCCUAGUCAGCUCUACGCUUGGAGGACCCCCAGCUCUCCCAGGGGGGCUCCAGCUCCAACCUUUCCCCUCGGCUUCUCUCCACCAUUUGGACUCUUCUGCGCCCUGACUCAUCUCACUCGGUAUGCUUCCCUGCUGCUGGGGGGGUCAGGCAGGAAGGAGGGAGGCUCCCCGUUUUUUUCUUCGUGUCUCUUCGGUUGUUGCCGUCGUUCCUGUCAGCACGCUAGAGUAUCUGAGUCUUUGCACACAGAAAAGCUUCCUUUUGCACAGAACGAGCUUCUAGCUUUUGUACAGACUAAUUGAAUGUAUUUGGGGGGGGCCGGGAGGGGGGAGAAGUAGGGAGUAAAACCGAUUCCAAACAAACCCAUCGGAGUAUAAUGCCUUUUCUGAGCGCGUACGUGCUGUAAACGGAGGUUGCGAGAGCGAAGGGAGGGCAGGCUCACGUAUAAUUUGACACAAAGUGUGGUUUUAUUUUUGUACUGAUACGGAUAAGAGACUGUACAGCAUCUAUUUAUUUAGAUGAUUUAUGUGGUAAAUGUUGCAAACAAAAUUAUUAAAAUAUUAAAUAUGAGAACUGACAUUUA